GGGUAACUCUGACUAAAGUCAGUGGAGUUCUCACAAUACUAACCGGAAGGCUUAUCAUUCGAUAUGCGAAAAUGGUGCUUCUUGCUGGCCCUCGCGCAUUAUGCUACUUCUAUCAAAGCACAUCAGCGAUUCUUCUUCCCACCAAGUCAAGUAACAACGCCAAGUACUGGCAACAGCGACGGAUGUUGCUCCUGCAUUGAGGAUAUUCAAUACAUGAGCCGUGCUUGUGGAGGCAGCAGUACUUUUAUGGCCCUGGUUCAAAAUGUGAUGUCCUCCAGAUGCGACGUCGCUGAACCUUGCCAAAGAUUGGGCAGCGACGAAGCACCGAAGGAAAAUGAAUGGUUCGAUUUUGUAAUCAUCGGCGCAGGUGUGGCAGGGCCCAUAAUCGCGAGAAGAUUAAGUGAUAAUCCGUGGCGAAAGAUUUUGCUCAUCGAAGCUGGUCCGGAAGAACCUACCAUGACGGCAAUACCAGGACUUGCAUUUAAUGCUGUCAAUACGUCUCUCGAUUGGAACUUCAAGACGGAACCAACAUCACCGCAUCCUACUGCCUGUUUGAAAACAGACGGCGUUUGCACUUGGCCAAGGGGAAAAAUGAUUGCUGGAACUGGCGGUAUGCACGGUAUGAUGUACGUUCGUGGUCAUCCUGAUUUUUACAAUCGUUGGGCGAAGGCAGGAAAUCCUGGCUGGUCCUACGACGAAGUCACUCGUUACUUCGAACGGGCGGAGAAUCCGGUCGAUCCGCUAAUUCUGUCGGACAAAUCCAGGAGUCAGAAGGAAGGUGGCCCAAUUAAUAUUCAGUAUUAUCCCUAUAAACCGGAAUUUGCGGACGCGCUGCUGACAGCUGCCGGCGAGCUGGGUUACAGGACCUCCCAAUUAAAGGAAUACAAGCAAACUGGCUUUAUGAUCGCGCCGAUGACAAUCGAGAACGGUAUGCGUCUCACGACUUCGAAGGCAUACUUAAGACCUGUCCACAAUCGCAGAAAUCUGCAGGUCUUGACAAAUGCACACGUUACCAGGAUUUUGAUCAGUCCGUGGGAACGAAAAGCUAUUGGCGUGGAGAUGAUAGAUAAGAACGGCCAGACGAGAGUCGUGAAAUGUGGCAAGGAGGUGAUUUUGACUGCUGGUGCUAUAGGCUCACCGCAAAUCCUGAUGAAUUCUGGCGUAGGACCCGAAGAAGACCUGACCAAACUCGGCAUUAAGGUCUACAAAGAUCUGCCAGUCGGGAAAAAUUUGCACAAUCACGUCUCCGUAGCAGUUCACAUGAGCAUCAAAAAUAUUCCGUACGAGGUCAUGACUAUGGAAGCCGUGAAUGAAUUUCUGAAGGACAAAACCGGCCCGCUGGCCAGUACUGGGGUUACUCAAAUUACCGCAUUCUUGGAAAGCAAUUAUACGAUCAAAGGUCUACCGGACAUUCAAGUCUUCUUUGACGGCUUCAGUUCCGUCUGUCCGAAGACUGGUUUGUCGAAUGAAUGCUUCGAUGGUAGGAUCGGCUAUUGUACGGAUAGAAGAGAGAUUAUUGCAAGACCUACAGUGGUUUGCGCGGAAAGUCUAGGCAACAUGAAACUUCGAUCGAAUAAUCCUUUAGAUCCACCGCUACUUUAUCCAGAUUAUUUCACGAAUGAGAAAGACUUGAUGAUCCUGCUUGAUGGUAUCAAACAGGUCAGCAGGCUUGUUGAUACGCCCACUAUGAAAAAAUGGGAUCUUCGUUUAGAACAAGAGAAAAGUUCAUUAUGCAGCAACUAUCACUUCGGCACGGACGCCUUCUGGAUGUGUCAGAUACGCGCGGAAACUGGACCAGAAAAUCAUCAAGCUGGAACAUGCAAGAUGGGACCGAGUACCGAUCCAACUGCGGUAGUGGAUUCGGAACUUCGAGUACACGGUAUACCGAAUAUUCGCGUCGCCGAUGCUUCUAUCUUCCCCAUUGUACCAAACUCGAACCCUAUCGCAGCUAUAAUGAUGGUGGCAGAGAAAACAGCCGAUAUGAUUAACACUGUUUGGCCACAGUAAUUUCCAAUAUAACACGCAAUACAUUAUGCAAUAAUAUAUGAAAGGUUCCGAAAAAACCGUAUUUGAAAUGUCAUUUCAAUGAUAAAUUCUUUGAUCAAUUGAAAAUCACUUUCCUUUAACAAAAAUAGUGCAAGAGAUGAUCAUUGCAACUUUUAUAUUUUUUGUACCAUAUAUAUCAAAUAAAAAUUUUAAUUACACUACGUUCCACUGCAAUUAAUGAAAAAAUGUAGUUACGAUUUAUUAUCCAUUUUGACGUUCAAAAGAAAUCCUCUUUGAUUAAUUGUAUAUAAUUUGAUUAAUAUAGUACCACGAUUUUUUUUAAUUAACUGAAACUGGAGUUUUUAUUUUAAACUAAAGUCCCGAAGUUUCAACUUGGGAAUUUUAGGCAACAGCCUAUGAGCACUUGUCUACAUUCUUUAUAACAUAAUUCCGGUUUAUAACUUUUUGUGCAAAGCGAGGUAUAUCUUUAUUACCAGUACUUUCGAUGCAAAAUGAGAUUUACAACCUUCUACAGUUCUAAAUAAAUUUUUCGAGAUAAAAUCAAUAUCAAUGACGGCGAUCGCGACGUGAUCAAUCGCAACGCGUGAGUAAUCGCAAAAUGGUCAUUUGCAAUACAUGGGUAAUCACAAUGUCAUCAAUUGCAACGUAUGAAUAGUGGAGAAUUAUAACAAUCGGAAUUGUGUAUAAUUCCAAUAUGGGUAAACAGGUGUCGCUCUUGUCGUCAGCAAGAGAAUACUCAGUCUAUUAUAUAAGUCUAUGAGUUUGUGUAUAUACAAAAAUCUCUCAACAUAUAAAAUUAGCUGUAAUAUGUUACGUAUUCAAGAAGUUUUAUUGCAGCCAAAAGUUAAUUGUUAGAACCUCCGGUUCAUAUUUUUUAAAAGAAAUAU